AAACAUGAUCCGGAAACAUGCAAUAGUCACCUAGCGAUAGAUCUUUAAAUUUCGUAUCUAGUCAAAACCAGUAAAGUAAAAUAAGCCAAAAUACUACUAUAAACCAAAUAUAAAAUUAUCUAUCACCUCAAUUAACUUAUUAUUGUGCAGUUAUAAAAUAUUAUAUAAUUAUACAGUUAUUUUUGAUUACUUAUUAAAGAUCGAACGUGAAAUAUCGAUUACUCGAAAAUACGAGUUUAGCCUUGAUUCGAACAAUGUCGAACAGCAAUAACGGUUGUGUUUGUUGAAAUAAAUUUGUCGAAUAAUUUUAAAACGAAUCGAAAUGGACGGAUCGUCGCAGAAGAUAAGCCACGCGGGUCUUUUGGCCCGCAGCCCGGAGGGAACCGCCGCUAAGGGCAUGAACAUCAAAGGCAACGAGGACUUGUGGGUUGAGAUACAAGGAAACACGUUCAGAAAUUGGGUCAAUGAACAUCUGCGAUCGGAGAAUAUGAAGGUUUUAGAUUUAUCUCAAGAUUUGUGUGAUGGUACACGUCUUUGCGCCUUAGUCGAGGCCUUACAAGGUAGACGUCUUAAGCCGUCAUGGAACAGACGUCCUGGAAACCAGCAUCAUUAUUUAGAGAACGUCACAACGGCUUUGGCUGCAAUUGAAGCAGAUGGUGUCAAACUAGUCAAUAUAGGCAACGUGGAUAUUGUCAACGGCAACCUAAAACUGAUAUUAGGUCUGAUAUGGUCUCUGAUCGUGCGCUACCAGAUCGGCCGAAGCAAGUUCCCACCAAGAAAACUGAUGUUGGCCUGGUUACAAGCAGUUCUUCCGGAAUGCAGAGUACAUAAUUUAACUACAGAUUGGAAUUCAGGAGUUUUAUUACAUGCUCUGCUAGAUUACUGUAAACCGGGACUUGCGCCGCAUUGGAGGGAUCUCGAUCCGAAUAGAUCUGUCGAAAAUUGCGGAAGGGCGAUGAAUAUUGCAAAUCGUGAAUUUGGCAUCCCGAUGGUGUUGGAACCAGAAUAUCUAGCAUCACCUUGGCUAGACGAAUUAUCAGGCAUGACUUACUUAUCUUAUUUCAUGAAACCAGACAGUCCAGGAUUUCAUGCUACUUUGCGCUGGGUCAAUUCCAGACUUGAUAAACCUGUCAGGGGAUUCACGACUGAAUGGAAUGAUGGUAAAGUCAUUUCCGAAGUCAUCAGAAGUCUAGGUGGAUCAGCAACUGCUCCAGAUAAGUUGCGCAGCGAUCCAGCUUAUUGGGAAUCUAAUUUACAACAAGCAGUUAAUGCUGGACAAAAAUUAGGAGUGCAGCCGGUUUUAUCAGUUCGCGAUAUGGCCAAGACCGAUGUGGGUCAUUUAGGAGUUAUGGCUUAUGCGGCGCAUUUCCAAUGGGUGAAACCUCGCCCACCUCUGGCUGAUAUGAUUGCCGUACAUUUGGAAUCAACAAGCGGUCGAGUUGGGGAAACAACCCAUUUCCGUGUUGAACUCCUUACGAAAGAAUUAGACUACAGCAUGGUUCGAGCUUCAAUAAUUCCUCCAGCUGGUGGAGCUCCUCAGCCUGUAAAACUCCAUCGAGGAGAAGGUUCUUAUAUACCAGACAGAAUGGGAAUGCAUGAAAUUGUUUUGGAUGUGAACGAAGAUAGAUUGGAUGGCUACUUCUUCAGAGUUCUACCCCGUCAUGUCAAAGUUUUACCCCCAGGCAUGGCUCCUUGUGCUUUGGGCAGUUUAGUUGAAGUUCUAGUCAGUGCUACUGGUGCCCCUAAAAAAGAAGAUAUUCUGGUAACAGCAUACAGUCCAAAUGGUAGAGCUUUGGAAUGCCCUCUAAAAUCUAUAGAUGGAACUAACAGUGCUAUAUUCAAACCUGAUGAAGCUGGAACCUGGGAAAUUGCUAUCACCUAUCAGGGAAAACAUAUUCAAGGUGGUCCUUUCACAUGUUCAGUAUUUGACCCUCGAGGCGUUUCAGUGUCCGGAGUCGAAGGUGCGGUCGCAGGCCGUGCCCACAGUUUCGAUGUGGACACCCGUGAAACCGGAGCGCCCGGAGCAGAAGUUCAUGUCGAUGUAGUCCAUGAUAAAAGAUCAUUGCUUUGUGCAGUCGAAAAGCUGGACCGAUGGAGACAUCGAGUCACUUUUGUACCUAAGCAGAAUGGAAAACACAGGAUUUAUGUCUACUUCAAUGGUUAUGAUGUCAAAGGUUCACCUUUCAUCAUGCGUGUUGGAACACAAAAAGGCAGAAAAUCAUCAGAUUCGCCAGUUAAUUCUAGAAACAGAGAGAGUCCAGUAAAUUACAAAAGUCGUGAGAGUCCUGUAAAUUCUCGCAAUAGAGAAAGCCCUGUUCAUUCCAAAAGGGAGAGCCCUGUUUAUAACUACAGGCUUAGAGAAAGUCCAAUUCCAUUGAAAACGGCUAGUCCUGUAACUGUUACUGUUAAGCGUCGUUCUGAAAGUCCUUCUUAUGGAUACGACGAGACAGAUCACAUUUCCAGCCUUUCACGAGAUAAAUCUGCAUUUACUAGUACCUCCAAAUAUACAAGCAGUUCCAAUACACAAAAAUCUUCACAUGAUGUUUUAGGAUCUUCAAGACCUACAUAUGAAACAAGAAGCAGUCCAGUUUACCAAGGUAAAUCAUUUAGCUCAAGCAUGACAUCAAGUUCGCACUGGGAAUCUACUACAAAUAGGACAUCCAGUCCCCGUAACAUCACGUCCAGUCCUCGCAAUGUAUCUUCUAGCCCAAGAAACGUUACAUCGAGUCCUAGAAAUGUCACAUCAAGUCCAAGGAAUCUCACAUCGAGUCCGAGAAAUACAACUUCGAGUCCGAGAAUGUUUACUUACAGUCCUUCUGGUUACAGAUCUGAAAGCCCAACAGUAGUAAAAAUCAGUAGUUCCUCUAAGCAGAGUUCGUCCAAUUAUAAAUCGCAUUAUGGAGAAACUGGAAGCAGUAGCAGAUUGAGAAGCACUUCUCCUACAUUUUCAGAAUUUGAGCGUGGUAAAAUUGAUCAUAGCUCUAACGUACGUGUGUCUUCAUUGACAAAUGGACCAUCACGCAGGGACAGUUGGGAUGCAAUCGCCAAAACUAAACAUUUAUUAUCACAUAAUAGCUUGGAAUCUCUCGCAAACUUGGCAGAAAGUCAACUAAAUACAGAUUUAAGCUUUGCACGUAAUGAGGAAACAGAACGCAACACUAGAAUAAAUAGUAAUACUCGUUCUUCGGCUUUGUUGAAUUCUGAUCUGCAUGAUGAAUCUUAUCGUAUGAGGCGCCUGAACUUGGAUGAAACAGAAAAUUCGAACUAUGUAUCCAAGAAAAGUUUUGCAGAUACAUAUACUAGUAGCAGCAACUUAGUCCGAAAUGAAAGAAAAACAUAUGAGCGCACAACAUCACCUCGAUUUGGUUCUCCAGUGCACGAAACUGAUGCUGCACAUCCACGAUUCCGUCCUUAUAAUCAGACGCACCAGUCUUCUUUGUCCAUGGAAUCUUCAAGACUAGACUCACAAUCAGGAGGAGCUAAGGCUGUAAAAGUCAAGAGAAUACCUGAUGGUGUCGUCGGCGAACCGGUGGAAUUCGAAAUUGAUGGAUCCCGUGCCGGUUCUGGAAAUCUUGAAAUUCUUGUUAAUGGAGGACGCGUAACAUCGUCUGUGAAACCUUUAGGCAAUCAAAGAUUUCUUGCAGCAUUUACACCUCACGAAGUCAUGAGACACAGCAUCAGAAUCACAUUUAAUGGAGAAACCGUACCAGACAUGACUGAUUACAUGCUGUCAAAACAAAAGAAAGCAAAAUGA